UAUAAUUGUGUAAUUAGAAAUUCCUACAGUACUGUAGAGAAAAUUAAUUGUUUGAGAAUAGUUUUUGUUGUCCUUUACAAUAGUGACAUCUAAAACCGUUACAUUAAAAUAAAAUUGUAAUUUUGCAUUAGUAUUUGGAUAUUUUCACACAACUAGACGCGAAAACUGAAAAUUUUUCUAACAGUUAGCCGUUGUCUGUCCGCCAGAUGGCGCUUAAACACACAACAGCCGUUAAAUCAGGCGAAGAAGAAGAGCGGAAACCGCGUUCUGAUGUAAACGUGUUGGACGAACUAAAUUAAUUCUAAAAUGUCGAUUGUUUUUGUACCUAAGAAGCUUCGAGGGAAGGCAAAAAUCAACCAGGAAACGAUACAAAGGUUGUUAGAUGAAAACGAUCAGCUGAUCAGAUGCAUCACGGAGUACAUGCAGAAAGGACGAGCGGUGGAGUGCGUGCAAUACCAACAAAUUCUCCACCGCAACAUCGUCUAUCUGGCUACGAUUGCAGAUGCUAGUCCUGACGACAGUCCGCCACUGGCUAAUGGCUCCACCUCCACUCCUGAUGUGAACAGACAUUUGGGGGGACAGUGACGCAGGUUGGGUCCUAGCGGGGUGGAGGGGUGUAACAGGUCCAGUGUAGAAGCCCGGGCAUCCAUCUGUCCCACAUUGUUCCCGAACUAGAUGACAGAGAUGCCCAAACCACCUUAGCUGAUGAACAGCUUCUUCAGAUGACGGAGCUCAUCACCCCCAGCCCCUACAGAGGAAGCUCGUUUCAGCUGCUUGCAUCCUGGAUCUCCUUAAAAUCUUCAUUUAAAUCUCACGUCUACAGAUGGGAACAAGGUAAAUGGACCACCCAUAAACCCGCAUCCUGCUGCCAUUCACGACCUCAACCACUGCAGGGCUGUACAAGCUUGGAAGAUGAAUAUUCUGCACCUUUUUCACGAAUCCAGCUGGACUGAAUUUAAACCUGUGGAGCUUGCACUGUUGUAGUUGAUGCUGACCGAGCCUCUGCUUGUUGACCGGGGCAUUCGUCUGAUUUCUACAUUAAAGUUUGUUUUUCUGAUAAUAAAGAGUCUUGCAUCUGAAA